AGCUGUUCUGCUACGAUGAAGUGGCAGCUGGGGUCUCAUGUCAGGCGGAAGGGGCUGUGGUUCCGGCUGAGGAAGGUGCUUCUGUGUAUCUUGGGGCUAUAUAUCACCAUUCCCUUUCUCGUCAGACUGUGCCCUGGGAUACAGGCAAAACUGAUUUUCCUGAAUUUUGUGAGGGUUCCCUACUUCAUUGACUUGAAAAAACCACAGGAGCAAGGUUUGAAUCAUACCUGCAAUUACUACCUCCAGCCAGAGGAAGAUGUGACUAUUGGAGUCUGGCACACUAUCCCUGCUGCCUGGUGGAAGAACGCCCAAGGGAAGGACCAGAUGUGGUAUGAGGAUGCCUUGGCUUCCAGCCACCCGAUUAUUCUGUACCUGCACGGAAAUGCGGGUACCAGAGGUGGUGACCACCGAGUGGAGCUCUACAAGGUGCUGAGUACCCUUGGUUACCAUGUGGUCACCUUUGACUACAGAGGUUGGGGUGACUCAGUAGGAACACCAUCGGAGCGGGGCAUGACCUAUGAUGCACUCCAUGUUUUUGAUUGGAUCAAAGCAAGAAGUGGUGACAACCCUGUGUAUAUCUGGGGCCAUUCCUUGGGCACAGGAGUGGCGACAAAUCUGGUGCGACGGCUCUGUGAGCGAGAGACACCUCCAGAUGCCCUUAUAUUGGAAUCUCCAUUCACUAAUAUUCGUGAAGAAGCAAAGAGCCAUCCAUUUUCAGUGGUAUAUCGGUACUUUCCUGGGUUUGACUGGUUCUUCCUUGACCCUAUCACAAGCAGUGGAAUCAAAUUUGCAAAUGAUGAGAAUGUGAAGCACAUUUCCUGCCCCUUGCUUAUCCUGCACGCGGAAGAUGACCCAGUUGUACCCUUUCAGCUUGGCAGAAAGCUGUACAACAUUGCCGCACCAUCGCGAAGCUUCCGAGACUUUAAAGUCCAAUUUGUCCCCUUUCACUCUGACCUCGGCUACAGGCACAAGUACAUCUAUAAGAGCCCAGAGCUGCCACGGAUCCUGAGGGAGUUCCUGGGAAAAUUGGAACCUGAGCGCCAGCACUGAGCCACCGCCUCCCCACCCCAGGAGCAUGAAGACCAGACCGCCGCCUCCCUGUUUUCCUCGGGCAGCAGUGGUGUUGGGACAGGGGACCCUUGCUGGAAAGGGACCCACAGGGGUGUGGGUGGGUGGUCCUUGAGCUGUCGCAGCAUAGGCCCAAGGGGACAAGGACAUGGAGAUGCUCUUCCGCCCGGUGUGCAGGAUGUACCUCGCUGCUCGGCCCUCUUGCUACCCGACACUAGCCCAUGUGGGACCAGGUCUGCAUUUCCCUGUCCCACCUGCCUGCCCACCUAACCUGGCCGUAGACUGAGCAUUUAUUUAAGAAUAAAACUGGCGGUGAUCUGUCCUUCUCUGCUAAGCGAGGGGGUCAGGGAAACUCGCUGGGCAGUCUCCAGCACCCUGCCUGUGGCUCCUGUCCCAGUGCCAGGGCCUGCUCAUGGCAGCGCGCUGCCUACAUCAAGGUCUGGCCAGUGGACACUCCCGCCCCACGAUUCAGAGCUCUGCAUGGCUUCAAAGGAAAGUUUACAGCUCCCCAUGCCUCCCAGAAGAGCAGAUGGCAUUUUCCUAAGAUGCAGCAGACCUGCCUGGAUAGGCCAAUCCUUCCCCAUUGCAGGGCCAGUAGACUCCAGAUGUUCUGGAUGCUGCUGGUCUUUGCCCUGGGGUCACCCACCAGCAGAUCCCCAAUCAAGGAAAAGGGCUGAGACCUGAAGACUGAAGAGGGAUGGCCUAGGACAAGCCUUGGGUGGUCUCAGGUGCAAGUCCUCCAAACGGGCCUCUCCUGACUCUGGUUUUCCUGGGGUUUUGGGCCCCAGCAGUGUACCGCUGGCGCCUCAACACUUCUCCCACCCCAGGCCUAUCAGGGAUAUCUAAGGAGACUUAGAUCCAUUGGUCUGUGCCAGGGGCCCUGCAGUCGCUGAAAUGUGGCUGUGCCCACUUGGGCCCAGCAGUGUUGUCUGUAAGUGCAGAGGUGACAGGUGCCCAUUUUCUCCUUUUUGUAUGUGUGAGUUACCUCGGAUCCUUCAGUGGAGGCGCAGUGCAGGAUAUAGAGAAUUUUUAGAUUAUCUGUUAAUUGGAGCCAAGUGUCCCUGUUCGGUGCAACCAAACAAACUGGAUUUUAGAUCAUUGAACAAGUUCCAAAUUCAAUUUGUGGAUGAGUUCUUUCAAAAAAUGCUUUGGACCUGAGGUGUGAGUAAUGUGCUAUCAGUUCUAUGGCCUCCAUAUCCCAGGGCCUCACAGACUGGGGGCACUGAGGACUCAGCUGAGAGUUGUGAGCAGCCAGGGGGGUGCUGCAGGGCCAGGAAGUCCAUAGCACCCCGUCAUCCUAUCAUUGGCCCCUCCUGAUAGGUGACUGACUGCAGCUAUAGACAAUUAGGGAGACCAGUCUGGUUCUCAGGGCCAGUAAUGGACAGGAGCAGUAGGACAGUAGCAGUAGCAUAGAGA